AUGGUCCUCAUCUCUGCUGUUGCCGCAGCCUCACUGCUUUCUGGCUCUGCCGUGGCCAGCCAGCAGUUCCUUGCGCCUCUGCGAGACAUCGUCAGUUGGCCAGGCGCGAAUUCCAAGGCGCCUCUGGAAUGGCUCGGUGCCAAUAGCCCUUGGUUCCCUGGUCCCAACGUCAACAAGAUCUCGUCGGAUGUCCCCGCCGAGUGCACGAUUGACCAGGCAGCAUACGUUUCCAGACAUGGCUCGCGAUACCCCGACUCUGGAGCCUAUGCCGAGUGGAAGGAAAUGGAGUCACGAUUUGCGGUCAACAAGUACACGGCUCGUGGCGCGUUGUCUUUCUUGCCAAACUGGCACACGGUCUUGACCAGGCCCGAUAUCCAAAUCGCUCAGCAGAGCCCUACGGGAUACAAAGAAGCCAUGGACAUGGGUUACCAGCUGCGAACUAGGUACCCUCAGUUGUAUCAGGAAGGUGAGGAGUUUUACGUGUGGGCAAACAACUACACCCGCGUGCUGCAGACGGCUGAGAACUUCGUCCGUGGCUUCGUUGGUACCAACUCAACCCUCCUCGGCAAAGUUGUUUCCAUCACAUCCAAAGGAUUGACCUCGGCGAUUGGCAACUCCCUCGCUCCCUCGGACAUGUGCCCGCUCUUCUCCGACGACAGCGGCAGCGACCAAACCGCCGUCUGGAACGCCAUCUGGCAGCCCAAGGUCCAGAAGCGACUCCAGGCUCUGAUCAAGGGCAACUUGACCCUGACGCUGAGCGACGUCAACUUGUUCCCCUACCUUUGCGGAUUCGAGAGCCAAAUCACUGGCCGCCUCUCGCCUUUCUGCGACGUCUUCACCGACGAGGAGCUCAAGAUGUACGAGUACUCCAACGACCUGCGCUACUACUACGGUGUUGGACCCGGCACCGACCUGCCCAAGAAGAUGAUGAUGCCAUUCCUGCAAGCUUUGGUCAAGCUCUUGGCCAACGGACCUGGAGUUGAGGGCACCGCUGCCGACGGUGUCUCAACCUUUGAUGUUCCCGGUCUGCUCGUCUCAUUCCUCAACGACGGCCAGCUCACCGAGCUUGUCACCGCCAGCGGCGUCUUCGACAAUCAAAAGGAUCUUUCGCCCAAGAAGAAGGACGACAACAGACUGUGGAUCGGCUCCCGCUACGUGACGAUGCGCGGGACCAUUGCCUUCGAGCGACUGAACUGCGCCACCAGCCACUCCAAGAACUCGACCUACGUGAGAAUCCGCCUCAACGACCAGGUGUACCCCGUCCCGUCUUGCAAGGACGGACCUGGCAAGUCUUGCUUGUUGAGCAAGUAUGUCAAGUACGUCAGCGACAAGUACGCCAAGCAGGGAGACUGGAUUGACAACUGCAAUGUGACUCUGGCUGGAGCGCCUACCAAGAUCCAGGGUGCAACCUUCUUUACGAAUCUUGCGCAGCCUCACGUUAAUGUUAUGUCGCUAUAG